UGAAAGAUUUGAAAAAUGAGAUGGGUAGUUCUAUUUUUGUGAUUCAAGUAGUAGGCUUGUGGUGACAUUUGAGAUACUAUGUAUGGUUAUUAAAUCUUCCAUAUUCUUCUAUUCUUCAGGCAAAGUAUUCUGGGAAUAAUUUUCCUUUCCUUCUGUUACAAAGAAUAAAGAAAGAAUAAGAAAUUUUUUUGGGUAUUUAAAAGUGUUAUCUGUUCUUGUUGGGAUUGGACAGUUAGAGGGUUAGAUUUGAAGCAAAGCUGAGAAAAUGAUAAGCCAAGUAAUGUUGUUACUUUUUUUAAUGUUUUAGAUUGUUGAAAGUUCUGCUUUUUCAGGGGUUUGCUCAUAUUCUUUUAGAGAAAUAGGUUUUGUCCUAGGUUGCCCUUCCUAUCUUUUUGUUUAAGAGGAUUUUCUGGUGGGUAUAUGGUGACAUCUUGAACAAAGGUUUGCUCUUUCCUUUUGUGCAGAUGAAUAGUCUCUGUCUGAUGAACUGAUUGGUGUUGGACUAUUGAGUUUGCUAUGGAAAAACGGAAAUGGUUGUGGAAGAGGAAGUCUUCUGAGAGGAGUCCUGGUGAAACUGAGAGUUCUGGAUCCAUAUCUUCGCAUUCAGAGAGAUAUUCUGAUGAUCAGGAGGCUUUCAAGGCAUCACCUAAUAAUAACACACAAUCACCUGAAGUGUUGUCAAAAGCUUCAGCCAAUUCUGAAGAUGUUAAUGAUAGCAUUAGGAGCUUGACAGAGAAAUUAUCGGCUGCUCUAGUUAAUGUCAGUGCCAAAGAGGACUUGGUGAAGCAACAUGCGAAAGUUGCUGAAGAAGCUAUUGCUGGUUGGGAAAAGGCUGAAAAUGAAGUAGUGGUGUUAAAACAAAAACUUGAGGCUGCAGUUCAGCAAAACUCAGCACUAGAAGAUCGGGUGAGCCAUCUUGAUGGAGCUCUUAAGGAAUGUGUUAGGCAGCUAAGACAGGCAAGAGAGGAGCAGGAGCAGAAGAUCCAUGACGCUGUUGCAAAGACUACCCAGGAUUGGGAGACUGCCAAAUUUGAACUUGAGAGCCAGUUGCUUGAGUUCCAAAAUAAGGCUGAAUCUGUAAAGUCUGAGCCCCCUCCUCACUUCAGUCCUGACCUUUGGCAUAAGAUUGAAGCUUUGGAGAAGGAAAAUUCAGCCCUCAAGCUUGAGCUCUCAUCUCAUUUGGAAGAGAUGGAAGUCAGAACAAUUGAAAGGGACUUAAGCACACAAGCAGCUGAAACUGCUAGCAAACAACACUUAGAGAGCAUAAAGAAGAUAGCAAAGCUCGAGGCAGAGUGCCGAAGACUCAAAGCCUUAGGUUGUAAAUCAUCCUUUGUUAAUGACCAUAAAUCCCCAGCUGCCUCAAUUUAUGUUGAAUCCCUUACAGAUAGUCAAUCGGACAGUGGUGAACAGCUUAAUGUGGUGGAUAUUGAUACCCACAAAAUGAGUGUCUUGGAGGCAAACAAAGGAGAACCUAGCUGUUCUGACUCAUGGGCAUCAGCCUUAAUUGCUGAACUUGAUCAAUUCAAAAAUGAAAAGGUUAUCAACAGAAAUCUUCCUGGUUCUUCUAUUGAGAUUGAUCUAAUGGAUGAUUUUCUUGAGAUGGAGCGACUUGCUGCAUUGCCUGAAACCAAGAGCAAGAAUCAAUGUCUUGAAUCGAAAGCUACUGCCAAACAAUCAAAUGAUGGUGAUAGUUUAUUGAAGGCCGAGCUUGAAGCCAUGAUUCAUCAAAAGGUGGAACUUGAAGAGAAGUUGGAAAAGAUAGAAGUUGAGAAGGCUGAACUAGAAAUUGCUCUUGCCAUAAGUCAAGAAAGUCUUGAAGCAUCAGAACUACAGUUGAGGGACACAGAAAUAAAAUUGGAGGAGCUGCAAAGGGAGCUUUGCAUGGCAAAUGAUGCAAAGCAAAAUCUUGAGUCUCAACUCAGUAGCAUGGAAACAGAUGCAGAGACAAUGUCAGCAAAGAUUGACUCAUUAGAAGCGGAAAUCGAAAAGGAAAGGACCUUGUCAGAGCAAGUUUCAGUUAAUGCAAAUGAAUCAAAGCAACUUCUUGAGUCUCAACUCAUUAGCAUCGAAGCAGUGGCCCAGACGAUGUCUGCAAAGAUUGAUUCAUUAGAAACAGAAAUUGAAAAGGAAAGGUUAUUUUCAUCACAAAUUUCAGUCAAGUGUCAAGAAUUGGAAAAAGAACUGUCGAGAAAGCAACAGGAAGCCGAGCUCCAGCAAACUGCUAAGUCAAACGUUGAAUUGAAGAUAAAACAGGAGGAUUUAGCUGUAGCUGCUGGAAAACUUGCAGAGUGUCAAAAAACGAUAGCAUCUUUAGGGCAGCAACUGAAAUCUCUUGCAACACUCGAAGACUUUUUAAUUGACACCACGGGCAUACCUGAGUUCUCUAGAGGAGGACCAUUGAUUCCUAAAGCUGGUGGAGAACCUUGGAAAUUACAUUCUAAUGAAACAUAUUCACCCAAAAGAGAUACAGAGUCUCCAAGAGUUAGUGCUAACCGUUCUGGUCCUUCAGUAAAUAAGAACGAUGGAAACACACCACCUUCUUCAUCCUCAUCUUCAUCAAUUGUGUCAUCGAAUCAUGCCAGCUCAGAGAAGAAUCGAAAUGGAUUUGCAAAAUUUUUCACUCGGAGUAAGAAUGGGAUACAACUAGAAAUUUAAGAGACUUUAGAUCAGUUGUAAAACAAAGAAAUUGUUUGUCAUUUGAAAUACACUGAUUAAAUGCUGUUUAAUCACCAUUAAUUAGUUCAGUAUUAGGUUGUCUCAUUAUACAUGAAUGGUUGUCUGGACCCUGGAUAUAGAAGUUUCAAAGUGAAAUAUUAAAUUUCUAAUGCUUGGGGGUUAUGCAUUCUGUAUCUUUUUAUGACAAGAAAACUGCAGCAUGUGUUUGGCCUUUUCCUUCACUCUUUUCUGUUACUUGACAGUUGCAUUUCCUGUUUCCUGUUAGAUUUUGAUCAUGUUAGCUUUAAAAGAAUCAAAAUAGGCCUGUAGGAAAAAGGAAAAACAGUAAUUUCUUCAAGUUAUUUAGUUGUGGUUGAUCAUUCAAUCCAUUUUAACGAAGGAGGUUGUGGUUGGUUUCUCAGCAAAAACAGGAAAAGAAUAAUGGGAUGGAGUGUGGAGUAUGGAACAUUGUUGGUUUUGCUGCAAUGUUGUCUAUAAAGGCUUGUAAAUGAAGUUGCUGUCUAACCUGCAGGUUACAGCUAAUUUGAUAUGGAUUCUAAGUUCUCGAAGCAGGAGAUUGUAAUAUUCUAUGGUCAUUGUUCUUGGAAUAAGUAAUCAAAGAUCCUUCAAAAAGGAAUAAAGUAAUCCAAGAGUACAUGUUUCUUUAAUCUUUCUUAUUAAUUCAAGUGUAAAUAUACUCUCUUUUCUAUGUGACGUCGGAUUAAGCAGUUGACCAAAUAAACUGAGAAGGAUAGAAGGACGGCUACAAGGGAGACAAAAAAAGCUUUAUUUUGGGGUGAGAGAGGCUCGAACUCUCGACCUCAGGAUUACUCAGAAGCUAUGAGACCUACGCGCUAGCCAACUGCGCCA